CAGGAAUUAAGAAGAGUGGAGUAAUCCUCCUGAAGCUAUAGACAGAGAAGAGCUCUAAUGGUUUAGUCCACCUCCACUCCUCCUCCCCCACUGUCUCUUCAGUUGCCCUGUGUGCGCUCCUCCCUCUAACACACCUUAUGCAAAUGGCACCAUUUUCAGUGGGCCCAGCAGGCUUUGUUUACACAGCCAUCCGACCACAGCCAGUUAGCUGCUCUGCUCCUACAUUUGGAGGGAAGGACUCGACUGCUCCUUUACAAGGACCACAAGGGACUGUGACCACAAGUUUUGACUCCAGUUGGAGGCCACAAGUGUGGUGAACUUCUACACAAGAGGAGGUUAAAGGAACAUUUUGUUCUUCACUUUAGUUUGUGAAGAAUUUUUUGAAUUGGAUCUUCCACGCCUGUGCUGGGAGCUGUGUUUUCAUUGGACAAACUGGUGCGUAUAGUUAAGAAAAAGGAGAGGCGGCAACAUUUUCAAGAUUAUACUGUGUCUUAAAGAGGCAUAACAGAAAGAAGGAAAUAAUCUUGGACAUAGUUAUUUUGUCUUCGGGACUGUUUGGUCCGGAAAGGCUGCCUCUGCUGGGCAAUGCUGGAGUUAUCCCCAUUCAUUUGACGUCUGACUGAAAUAUUGCGUAGAGUGAGAUCAACAUGGAGUGGGAGCAGAGGGACAGAGAGCCCUGUCUCUCCCCAGCAGCAUUUGUUAACCAGGUGCAAUACUCCAACAUCCUGGAGGGCCGCUUUAAACAGCUGCAAGAUGAGCGUGAAGCGGUUCAAAAGAAAACCUUCACCAAAUGGGUUAACUCUCACUUGGGCAGAGUCACCUGUCGCAUUGGUGACUUGUACACAGACCUGCGGGACGGCCGCAUGCUAAUCCGUCUGCUGGAAGUGCUGUCAGGAGAGCAACUGCCAAAGCCCACCAAGGGCCGUAUGCGUAUCCACUGCCUGGAAAAUGUUGACAAAGCAUUGCAGUUCCUCAAGGAACAGAAAGUCCAUCUUGAAAACAUGGGGUCACAUGACAUUGUGGAUGGGAACCACCGCCUCACACUGGGUCUCAUCUGGACCAUCAUCCUCCGCUUCCAGAUUCAGGACAUCAGUGUGGAGACGGAGGAUAACAAAGAGAAGAAAUCGGCUAAAGAUGCCCUUCUUCUUUGGUGCCAAAUGAAAACUGCAGGAUAUCCUAAUGUCAACAUCCACAACUUCACCACCAGCUGGAGAGAUGGCAUGGCGUUCAAUGCCAUCGUGCACAAACACAGACCUGAUCUGAUUGAGUUUGACAACUUGAAAAGGUCCAAUGCCCACUACAAUCUUCAAAAUGCAUUUAAUAUUGCUGAAAAGGAUCUUGGAUUAACCAAACUCUUGGAUCCUGAAGAUGUUAAUGUUGAUCAGCCUGAUGAGAAGUCUAUUAUUACAUAUGUGGCUACAUAUUACCACUACUUCUCCAAGAUGAAGGCUUUGGCAGUAGAAGGAAAACGUAUUGGCAAGGUUUUAGACUACGCUAUUGAAGCAGACCAACUGAUUGAUAAAUAUGAGACAUUGGCGUCAGAGCUGCUGCAGUGGAUUGAGCAGACCAUAGUGACUCUGAAUGAUCGACAGCUGGCUAACUCUUUGAGUGCUGUGCAGAAUCAGCUCCAGGCUUUUAACUCCUACAGAACAGUCGAGAAGCCACCCAAAUUCACUGAGAAAGGGAAUUUGGAAGUUCUGCUAUUUACAAUACAGAGUAAAAUGCGAGCUAACAACCAGAAAGUAUACAUGCCAAGAGAAGGAAAGCUCAUAUCUGACAUCAAUAAGGCCUGGGAGAGACUUGAAAAGGCAGAGCAUGAGCGAGAACUGGCACUGAGGAAUGAGCUCAUUCGACAAGAAAAGCUGGAGAUGCUCGCUGCUCGAUUUGAUCGCAAAGCAGCAAUGAGAGAGACCUGGCUCAGUGAGAACCAAAGACUAGUAUCCCAGGACAAUUUUGGGACUGAUCUUGGAGCUGUUGAGGCAGCCACACGUAAACAUGAGGCCAUUGAGACAGACAUUGGAGCAUACUGGGAGCGUGUCGCUGCUGUGGAGGCUGUGGCUAAAGAGUUAGAAGCAGAGAGCUAUCACGACGUGCGCCGUAUACUGGCCAGGAGAGACAAUGUGCUUCGACUGUGGGAGUACCUGAAAGAGCUCCUCGCUGCACGAAGGGAACGCCUCAAUGCUCACCGUGACCUGCAAAGACUGUUUCAGGAGAUGCGUUACAUCAUGGACUGGAUGGCUGACAUGAAGGGUCGCUUACAGUCUCAGGACAGUGGUAAACAUUUACAUGAUGUAUUAGACCUGCUGCAGAAGCACACACUGGUGGAGGCAGACAUCUCGGCUCAGGCAGAGAGGAUCAAGGGAGUUCAGGCAGCAGCCACUCGGUUCACUUCCUAUGAACAGGCCUACAAGCCAUGUGAACCUGCUUUAGUGAGUGAGAAAGUGGACAUGUUGGGCCGAGCCUAUGAGGAGCUUGGUCAGCUUGCUGGAAUGCGAAAAGAGCGUCUCGAAGACUCACGGCGUUUGUGGCAGUUCAUGUGGGAUUUGGGAGAAGAAGCUGCUUGGAUCAGGGAACAGGAGCAGAUUUUGGCCAGUGGAGACUGUGGGCGAGACCUCUCCUCUGCUCUUCACCUGCUCAGCAAACAUGAGGCUUUCAGGGAUGAGAUGGCGGCUCGCUAUGGACCACUCAGUCAUAGUAUUUCUGCUGGAGAGGCAUUAGUGAAUGAGGGUCACUUUGGAGCACCAGAGAUCACAGAGAGAAUCCAGGACAUCCGGGCACAGUGGGCACAUCUGGAGGAGACAACCAAGCUGAGAGAGCAGCGUCUGAAGGAAGCUGUGGCUAUGCACCAGUUCGAAGCCGAUGCUAAUGACAUGGAGGCAUGGCUAAUGGAGACUCUUCGACAGGUGUCCAGUCAGGAAGUCGGCCAUGAUGAGUUUUCUACUCAAUCUUUAGCUCGAAAGCAGAGAGAGGUUGAGGAAGAGAUCCAUAGUCACCGCCCUCUGAUUGACUCCUUGCAUGAGCAGGCCCAGGCCUUACCCCAAACCUACACAAGCUCUCCUGAAGUGGAGGGUCGCUUACCUGCAAUUGAACAGCGCUAUGAGGAGCUGGAGACGCUGUCCGCAGCCCGUCGCCAGGCACUGGAGGGGGCCUUGGCCCUCUAUCGUAUGUUCAGUGAAGCUGAUGCCUGCCAGGUUUGGGUGGAGGAGAAAGAGCAGUGGCUACAUGGCAUGGAGAUCCCUACCAAACUAGAAGACUUGGAAGUAGUGCAGCAGAGAUUUGAAACACUGGAGCCAGAGAUGAACAACCUAAGCAGUCGGGUUAAUGAUGUGAACCAGGUGGCUGAACAACUGCUGAGCUCGGACAGCUGCAACAAGGACCAAAUUCACCAGACCAAAGACCAGCUCAAUAACAGAUGGAAGGACUUUGAACUACUGGCUGGCCAAAAGAAACAAGCCCUGGACUCCGCUCUUAACAUCCAGAACUACCAUCUUGAAUGUAAUGAGAUCCAGACAUGGAUGAAGGAGAAGACCAAAGUGAUCGAGUCCACACAGGGCUUGGGCAAUGACCUGGCUGGAGUCAUGGCUUUGCAGCGCAAGCUCACUGGCAUGGAGAGAGACCUAGAGGCCAUUCAGGGAAAACUGGAUGACCUGGAAAAAGAGGCAGAAAAGUUGGCCUCAGAGCAUCCAGAUCAAGCAGGAGAGACACAGCGAAGACUUGCAGAGAUAAAGGAAGUUUGGGAAGAACUGAACUCAACAAUGAAGCGCCGUGAGGAAUCAUUGGGGGAAGCCAGCAAGCUACAAGGUUUCCUUCGAGAUUUGGACGAUUUUCAAUCAUGGCUUUCACGCACCCAGACUGCUAUAGCAUCAGAGGACAUCCCCACCUCUCUGCCUGAGGCCGAGAGUUUACUAGCACAACACGAGAGUAUCAAGAAUGAGGUGGAUAACUACAAGGACGAUUAUGAGAAGAUGCGUGCGGUUGGUGAAGAGGUGACUCAGGGUCAGACAGAUGCCCAGUACAUGUUCCUGGCCCAGAGGCUCCAGGCUCUGGACACAGGGUGGCAUGAGCUUCGCCGCAUGUGGGAGAACCGCCACAGUCUCCUGGCACAAGCAUUUGAUUUUCAGACUUUCCUCAGAGAUGCAAAACAAGCUGAGGCUUUUCUUAACAGCCAAGAGUAUGUGCUGUCCCACACAGAGAUGCCUACCAGUCUUCAGGGGGCAGAGGAGGCUAUCAAAAAACAUGAAGAUUUCCUCACAACUACAGAGGCCAGUGAGGAGAAGAUAACUGGUGUGGUGGAGGCAGGACGGAGACUCAUUAACGACGGCAAUGCAAACUCUGAUAAGAUCCAGGAGAAAGUGGAUUCCAUCCAGGAAAGGCAUCUCAAGAAUAAACAGGCUGCAAACGAGUUACUAUCCAAGCUCAAAGAUAACCGUGAGCUUCAGCACUUCCUUCAAGAUGGACAAGAAUUGACAUUGUGGAUCAAUGAAAAGAUGCUAACCGCUCAGGAUAUGUCCUAUGAUGAGGCUAGGAAUCUUCACAGCAAAUGGCAGAAACAUCAGGCAUUUAUGGCAGAGCUGGCAUCUAACAAAGACUGGCUGGAUAAAAUUGACAAGGAGGGCCAGGCUCUUGUGGCAGAAAAACCUGAGUUGAAGCCUGUGGUUGAGCAGACUCUGGAGGAUCUGCAGAAACAGUGGGAGGAGCUGGAGAACACCACUCGCACCAAAGCGCAGUGCUUGUUUGAUGCUAACAGGGCAGAACUUUUCACACAGAGCUGCUCGGCCCUCGAUGUCUGGCUUAAAAACCUAGAGGGUCAGCUACAAAGUGACGACUAUGGCAAAGACUUAACCAGUGUUAACAUAUUGCUCAAAAAGCACCAGAUGUUAGAGCAUCAAAUGGAGGUCAGAGAGAAGGAGGUGCAGUCUUUGCAGACCCAGGCCCAGGCACUUUCUCAGGAAGAUGCAGGACUGGUGGAAGUCGAUGGCCAACAGAGAAGAGUAACUGACAGCUUUGCACUGCUCCAGGAACCUCUGAGGCUGCGCAGACAGCAGCUGCUUGCCUCCAAAGAAGCUCACCAGUUCAACAGAGACUUAGAGGAUGAAAUUCUGUGGAUAAAGGAGAGAAUGCCAUUGGCUACUUCUUCAGACAAUGGAAAGGACUUGCCCACAGUACAGCUGUUAAUCAAGAAAAAUCAGACCUUGCAGAAGGAGAUCCAAGGCCAUCAGCCACGUAUUGACGAUAUCCACAAACGAGGCCAGACUCAGAGCCAAGUAGACGGGGAGAGGCAGUCUGUGCUCACGGAGCGUCUCACAGAACUGAAGGAGCUGUGGGAUCAGCUGAUGGCAGAGACUGACAAUCGACAUGCACGUUUACUGGAGGCCCACCGCGCCCAGCAGUUCUAUGCUGAUGCUGCCGAGGCUGAGGCCUGGAUGGGAGAACAGGAGCUGCAUAUGAUGUCUGAGGAAAAAGCUAAGGAUGAACAAAGUGCAUUAGUGAUGGUCAAGAAGCACCAGAUUUUGGAACAGGCUCUUGAGGACUACGCUCAGACUAUUCACCAACUUGCCAACAGUAGUCGCCUCAUGGUCACAAGUGAGCACCCAGAAAGUGAGCGAAUAACUUUACGUCAAGCACAAGUGGACAAGCUGUAUGCGGGGUUGAAGGAUCUGGCCGAGGAGCGGCGUGGUCGGCUACAAGAGAGGUUACGAUUGACACAGCUGAAGCGGGAGGUGGAUGAUCUGGAGCAGUGGAUUGCUGAGAGAGAGGUGGUCGCAGGCUCUCAUGAACUUGGACAAGACUAUGAACAUGUCACUAUGCUAAGAGACAAGUUCCGUGAGUUUGCCCGUGACACCAGCACUAUUGGACAGGAGCGUGUUGAUGGAGUGAAUGCUCUGGCAGAUGAUCUGAUAGAGUCGGGACACCCUGAAAACGCCAGUGUGGCAGAGUGGAAAGACGGUCUGAAUGAGGCCUGGGCCGACCUGCUGGAGCUCAUUGAUACACGGACACAAAUGUUGGCCGCUUCAUAUGAGCUCCACCGCUUCCACCAGGAUGCCAUGGAAGUACUCGGACGAAUUAAAGAGAAGAAGGAGGCUGUCCCCUCAGACCUAGGACGUGAUCUGAACACAGUCCAACACCUACAUCGACAGCACAACACCUUUGAAAAUGACAUCCAAGCUCUAAGUGGACAGGUCAACCAGGUGCAAGAUGAUGCUGCACGGCUGCAGAAAGCCUAUGCUGGGGAAAAAGCAGAGGAUAUUCAAAAGAGUGAACAUGCAGUCACUUCUGCAUGGGAGGGUCUUCUCGAGGCUGGAAAGUCUCGUAGGCUCCUUCUGCUGGACACCAUUGAGAAGUUCCGCUUCUUCAACAUGGUGCGAGAUCUGAUGCUGUGGAUGGAUGGUGUCAACUUGCAGAUAGAUGCUCAUGACAGCCCAAGGGAUGUGUCCUCUGCAGGACUGGUUAUUGCUAAUCAUCAGGACAUCAAAUCAGAAAUAGAGGCCAGAGCAGAUAGUUUCACUGCCUGUACUGAUAUGGGAAAAGCUCUUAUUAAUAAUAAUCACUAUGCAUCAGAUGAGAUUAGGGAAAAACUGAAUCAACUCCAAGAAAAGAGGGACAAGAUAAACAAUAAGUGGCAAGACAAGAUGGACCAUUUACAAAUAGUGCUGGAAGUGUUGCAGUUUGGGCGUGAUGCAUAUGUGGCAGAGUCAUGGCUGGCAGGGCAAGAGCCUCUUGUGCGUGCAGCUGAACUUGGAUCAAAUGUAGAUGAGGUCGAGAGCCUUAUCAAGAGGCAUGAAGAAUUUGAGAAACUAGCAGCAUCAUGGGAAGAACGAUUUGUUUUGUUAGAGAAACUCACCACACUUGAGGAAAAAGAGAUCCAGAGACGGCGAGAGGAAGAAGAGAGAGCAAGACGACCCCCCACACCUCCUCCAGUAGAAGCCCAAUCCGAGGCAGAAAGUCAACCACACGAUUCUGCUGCCAGAACAAGUCUGGACCAAACCACCCUGAACCAGUCUGUAUCUGUGAAUGGGGUACACAGCGACAAUGACACUUCUCAGGGCUCAGAGUCCGAGUCUGUGAAUGGACCUGGUAGGGACAGUGGGCUGGCAUCAUCACGUCUGGAGCCUUCUGCAACGCUACCGAGCAGAGGAGCAGCCGAGUCGGAACCAGAGGCCAUGGAGGGCAUGCUGUGUCGGAAACAAGAGAUGGAGUCCCACAACAAAAAGGCAGCCAGCAGGUCGUGGCAGAAUGUGUACUGUGUCAUUAGGAAAGGAAGUCUGGGCUUCUAUAAAGAUGGAAAAAGUGCUACUAAUGGCAUUCCAUACCACGGAGAGGUGCCCAUAAGCCUCGGAGACGCUGUGUGUGAGGUAGCACACGAUUACAAGAAGAGGAAACACGUGUUCAAGCUCAGGCUGGGAGACGGAAAGGAGUACCUGUUUCAAGCAAAGGAUGAGGCUGAGAUGAGCUCCUGGAUCCAGUCGAUCCUCACUUCCAUUCCACCGGCUGCAGCAGACUCGCCCUGCGGCCCUAAGGUUCUGAGCCGGGCCAUGACAAUGCCUCCCAUAUCCCCAAGUUCAGGCGAAGCUGGAGGCGUGACCAUGCGCAACAAGGAAGGCAAAGAGAAGGAUCGAGAAAAGAGGUUUAGCUUCUUUGGCAAAAAGAAGUAGAACAUUUGUAUAAUCCCUGGAUGCUACAGUGUCAAAAUUUCAACAAACUGAAUAGUCAGAAAAAAGGUUCUGAGGUUUCUCUCGCUCAGUGCUCUCAGCGCAGAUCCAGACAGAUGCCGACAGCUGCUGUAUGUGGCUCACAGAACAUUUUCUUUCAAUUUGAUUCUUCCCUUUUACAGGAUUUAUGUGUCAUCUUUAUGUUAGCACAUAAUUUCCAUUACAUUUAGCUGUGCCGUUCAGUGAUGACCUCCUCUUUUAUUUACCUUUCAAGAUGAAUCUAAAUGACCGUUCAAUUGCUGCAUGAGCGAUUAUUGAUGAUAGGUCGGAGGCUCUCCAUUGUGCGGCACAUCGUAGUUUUACAUGCUAUCAUUUAGGGAAAGAUCAACAGUCUAUUUUGAUAUUGAUGUUGUUUACCUGACCAAUAAUAUUGCUGUUAUUAUUUUUAUUUAUCUUUUGGUUUGAAAAAUAAACUAAUGACUUUGA